AUGUCUAUAACAGGAGGUGGUCCCUCCCGAUGUUGUUCCGGCUAUAGAACAAUUAAAGAUAAAUGUUACCCAUGUAAUGGAUCAUUUGGGAUUGAAUGCAGCAAUACAUGUCCAGCGGGAUAUUUUGGAAAUAAAUGCGAAGAAAAGUGUUUUUGUGACAGAUGUGAUGCAAGAACAGGGGAAUGUUACAACGAAACUACAUCAACCAAUAAUAGCCAAAAAGAAAAGGAUGAGGAUAGGAUAUCGAUUCCAUGGAUAGCGACCCUGCUAGGGCUAUUGGGAAGUAUAGGAUCCGUCGCUGUUCUUUUUUCAGUUCUCUUUCUUAAGGAAAGAGAGAAACUUCUACGAAGAAAGGCAAGACAAGAUGAGCACUCAGGAAGGGAAGAUGAAACAAACCACGAAUUAGAAGAAGACGAUUAUGCCAGUGUAAGAGUAUCUCGAAUGGUUUUGGAUGAUGGCGCAUGCAUAGGAUCAUUUGGAUUAGAAUGCAGCAAACCGUGUCCUAAAGGAUAUUAUGGCCUUAAAUGUCAAGAGAAAUGCAAGUGCGACAGAUGUAAUGCUACGACAGGGAAAUGUUUUCAUGAGGAAAGUUCAUCAAGAAUUUCAGAGGGUUCUUUGGCCUUAAUUACACUGGGUGGUGUUUUCUUUUUGACAGCAUUAUUGACUUGUCUCUACAUUAUAAGGGAAUUUUGUAAGAAGAAGUUGGGUACUUGCAUACCAGACAGUUUUAUUGAAUCAGCAUCUGAAAUAAGAAUGGAGGAAAUCUUGUGUCAUAAAUGUGAACAGCCAUCGAAUAACAACUGUAUAACUGGAAUUUUUAGCGAGACGCAAGUUUAGCUAUCUAUUCUUAACAUAUAUUAAAUUUUAACAAUUUUUGAGAAGUAUUGUAGUCUUGGGGUUAAACGAUGCCUAGAAAAACACAGGAAAUCUAGAAUACAGAAGAUAUUGUUUGGGAUAUUAUAAUUUAGGGAUCUAAACACCCUGGCUAAAAUGCUCAAUUUGAAUCCUACCUAAAAUUUCUUCCUGUACAGUAAAAUGACUUCGUGGCAUAUAGUCAGUUAAUAUGACAUAUAUUCCCUUAUUAAAAAAAUUAAAGAAAGUAGAGCAAGAACAUUCAUGCUGCCAUUCAUGAGGAGGAAAAAAUGUUCGAGGAAAAUAAGGCAAGGCCAGAGUACAGAUAAUGUUAUUGGAUCACAAGAAUACAUGACAAAAGUGGCAUCUGGAUCUGGAGAAGCACCACGCCGAUUACAAAUAACAGCAGAACCACCCACUCAACCAAUGCUACCUCUUCCAUUACCAAGUUCACACAUUGCAACAGCACCGUUCUCUACAUACCACUACUACUACUACAACCAUCAGCAUCAGGAGCUAAGCAAAAGACAUAUUGAUAGAAUAAUAUUUCAAGUAUAUGUAAUACGAGGAAUUUAAACUGUGGAAAAAAACGAGAAAAGUUAAUAUCAAACAUUUUUUUAAAAUUAUCUAUUGCGCAGUAAUUCUCCGCAGUAACAUUGUCUAUUGAUUAAUUUAAAAAAAAGUUUUCAUGAAAAUGAAAGUGUCAUAAUAUACCCUUCAAAAACUUAAAUGAAAUUCUGCAAAUUUAUCUAAUAAAUCACUCUUUUA